AUGGCAGUCGAUCACGUCACAGAUUCAGCCAAGGGGAGUGUCUUAGUGGCACGCCUCGCAAGCCGCUACUUUCGAACAGGAGGUAUUGUCAAGGGUGUUGUGAGACUUGUAAGCCACCAUGAAGAUCCGGAUGCGUACUCAAAGAUCGCCCACGUAGUAGCUCAAGUUCACGGUCACGUCACAGUGGACAUCAGUUUGCUGACACUUCCAGUAAUUCACGUCCAAUCGCCUCGGUUUGCAUCAAACGAUGAGAAUAAGGAGAAUAAGAAACUAGAGGACGUCGUUGCAGCGCUACCAGACGUGCGCAACUUUUCAGGAAACACGGGCACGUGCAUCUUUCGCGCGACGCCGUCGGUUCUUUUCUCGGACAUUAACAUUGCACCGACUCAAAUUGAGUUAGAAGCGGCUUCUCACAACAAUCAAGGAAUUGCUGAUCCUGUAUCGCUCUUUGAAGCAGCACAAGAAGCAACGGCAGAGCGCUGUACGCGAGAGUUUGCCAUUGCUUUGCCAUGGAACAUCUGCCCAAGCUUUCGUGGUGUAUCCGCCAAGGUCUUCUACGUGAUCUCGAUCACAGCACAAUUUGCAAGUGAUGGAAGUAAAUCUGUGUCUGUACACUUGCCAUUUGAUGUCUAUGGCUCAGAGUAUUUCUUCGACACUGGCACAAUUGCUAGCGCGAAUCACAUUGCCACAAGUCAGCAAAAGGAAGAUGAUAUCACUACGUCAGCCGACAAGAGUGUCGAAACUCAGCAGGUUGUGGGUGGCACUACUCGUGUUGAACGACCCUUCUCCGUGACACCGGCAUCUGUUGGGGUGCGCAAGGGCAAUGAAAUUGCGUUCGAGUUGCGUCCGUCGCUGAUGCAUGGUCGUGUGGAAACAGAGCUAAUGCAGCGCGCGCAGACGAGCAUCUUCACCAUUGGCAAGGACAAUAGUCAUCUGGUGCGCUUCCUACUUCUAAAGCAGUAUUACCAACCAGGGGAAGUUCUGCUGGGCAUUUUUGACUUCACUCGCGCCAGCAUUCCAUGCUAUGAGGUGUCAGCUACGCUCUGCCUCGAAGAGAUUCUUUCGUCAAUGGCGCUGGAUCCAGACCGUGUCGUGCAGUCCAAGGUCUAUGGUAGCUUCCGCGAGCGAACACUAGGCGUGCUGCAGACAAAUGCACGCUUUAGCAUUCCGCAUGACGCCCUGCCGACCAUCAAGACCGAUCUCGUACGCUUCCAGUGGCUUUUACGAUUUGAGUUCUCUGCAGGUGCACCUUCAUCUCCGCUACAAGGCUCAAGCAAUACAACCACUCAGCAGCGGCAAUCGUUCCAAUGGCAUGUGCCCAUCAUUGUCCAGUCUACGAUGACCACAGAACGCAAUCAUUUUGCCAACGUACCGCACAAAUUCUACUCGGGCAGCACUCGUGUGACAUCGCUGUCAUCAUCGUGA